UACACAGGAAUGAGAAUAAUGUGUUAUGUAACUGCGAGAAAAGAGGUACUAAUUGAUAGAAAGUGUAAUGCAAUAAAUAAUGAUAGAGAGAGUAGAAAUCAAGCUAAUAAAGUAUGUCUAAGAAUUAACAUUGGAGAGAGAAAUAUAUCAAGAGAGGAAUUUAGAAAGAUAUAAGUGAGAAGUGCAGUGCUUCUUGUACCUGGAGUGUUAAAAAGCGAUUCCUGUAUUUUAUACAGUGCUGUACGUAAAUAUCACAACGUUAUCAUCAUUAGAGAGAUUAGAAGAUCCGAAAAGUAGUUUGUUAGUGCUCAGAGGAAAAAUGAACAUAUCUAGUGUUCUUAAAAAGGUCUCUGCAUGACAGUGACCACAUAACGGAGAGUCUCUAGGGUGAUGUUAAACAAGUCUGAAUUAAGAUUACUGCAGUUAUUUUUAUACGUGAAUGACCAGCAGCGUUCUCCAAAGACCAACACAUAUGGAACAUCAUGUCCGUUAAACCUUUGUUGUAAAUUUUGCUUGAAAGACGAGAGUGGAGAACGAGUGUCUUGUGGCUACAACGAGUGUACUUCACAAUGAAAUGGCGGAGGGAAUCGUUGAAUUACUGUAAAUUCCUUAUCUCCUAAGUUUUACUAGAUGUUCACUGUUUCAUAGUUUAUAGGAAAAAAAUCAUUAACUGUCACUGGAAAGUAGAAUUACGAGAAUAACAAUAGGACUUCGAAGAGUGUUAUCAGUAAAAAUGUGAUAAACCUCUUAACUGAAGAUGGAGUUAUUAAGGGCUGUAGCUGAACUGGAUGAUAAUAUAUAGCGUGGACACAAAUUGGAAAGUUUUGCUGGUUUCAUUUUAUAUCGUAUUAAACAUUUGGCGGGGAAACUACUAUAAAAAUGUUGUCGGAUCGAAGCUAUAGCUUUAACACCGGUCAGAAAAAUACUUUUUCUACGGUGGACUAUGUUAUUUUCGGAGCAACUCUAGCUGUUUCAACGUUCAUUGGAUUUUUCUACGCAAUCAAAGACCGGAAAAUUAGCGACACCAAACUGUUUCUGCUCGCCGGCGGGAAUAUGAACUUUGUGCCUGUGUCCAUGUCGCUGUUGGCAAGCUUCAUGUCGGCAAUCACGCUGCUAGGGACACCGGCCGAGAUGUACAACUUCGGAACCAUGUACUGGUGGAUCGGGCUCUCGUAUGCCGGCUCAGUCGCCCUGGCGGCGCAUGUGUAUGUGCCUAUCUUCUACAGACUCAGGGUCACCACGUGUUACGAGUACUUGGAGAUGAGAUUCAGCCGAGGGGUGAGGCUGAUGGGGACCUGCAUCUUCUCUAUGCAAAUGAUCAUUUACAUGUCCAUCGUCUUGUACGGUCCAUCUCUGGCGUUGAAUGCAGUGACGGGACUGUCCCUGUGGGGCGCGAUUAUAUCUGUGGGCAGCCUCUGUACCAUCUACACCGCUAUUGGCGGUAUGAAGGCGGUGCUGUGGACGGACACAUUCCAGACGGUGAUGAUGAUAGUGGGGUUGUUGGCCACACUUAUACAGGGAUGCUACGAGAUGGGCGGCUUCACAAACGCCUGGAAUAUAGCGGAGCAAAACCACAGGGUCUACUUUGAUGAUUUCCGUGCGGAUCCGACUGUGCGGCACAGUUUCUGGGCGUUGACGAUCGGGAGCGCCUUCCUGUGGGGGAGCGUGUACGGCACAAACCAGGCCCAGGUCCAGCGGACGCUCUCGUGUGGAUCUCUCAGGAGUGCACAGCUGGCCCUGUGGGUCAACUUCCCCGGCCUGUGUGUGAUCCUGCUGUUGUCCUGUAUGGUCGGUAUCGUCAUGUACGCCUUCUACAGCACGUGUGAUCCCAUCUCAUUCAAGCUAAUCAUGGCGUCAGAUCAGAUGUACCCCCUAUUUGUGAUGGACUUACUGAGCCAUGUGCCCGGUGUCCCUGGUCUCUUUGUGGCCUGUAUAUUCAGCGGCACGCUCAGCACAAUUUCGUCCGGCCUGAACUCUCUGUCGGCUGUCACCUUGACAGACAUUAUCCGUCCCGUGUUUCCCGAUAUUUCCGAGAAGCGGGCAACCAACAUCUCCAAAAUCAUAGCUCUUCUGUAUGGUGUGCUGUGCUUGGCUCUCACAUAUGUAGCUUCCAAACUGGGAAACAUAUUACAGGCGGCUCUGUCCCUGUUCGGAAUGCUGGGAGCGCCAAUGCUAGGGUUGUUCACCCUGGGGAUGAUCUACCCAUGGGCCAACUACAAGGGAGCGUAUGCGGGUACUCUUACCAGCCUCGUGGUGAUGUUGUGGAUCGGCGGAGGCGCCUACAUCACGAAGCCUUCCUCGUGGCGCCCACCUAUAUCCACGGAGGGAUGCAACUGGAAUCUCACCCAAGAUGGGCGGCUGUCUCCCUGGAACACAACAGCCACUCCGGUUCUCAUAUCCACUAUCACCACUGCGGAUGUUAUUAAUGAUACUGUUAUAGCAUCCGCGUCACUAGCCGAAGGCCCGGUUGAAGGCCUAGACCGGCUCUACUCCCUCUCCUACCUCUGGUACAGUUGUCUCGCCAUGCUUAUCGUCUGUGUCGUCGGCAUCAUCGUCAGUCUCAUAACAGGCCGCCAGGACCCGCGGAAACUUGACGCCCGGUUGGUAUGUCCCAUCUUCGACGUUAUGUUCCCUUUCCUACCAGAGAGAUGGCGCAAACCGCUCAGAUUUGGCAUCGUGCACGAAGGGAAAUACGCGGCUGACGAGGCCGAGGCGGAGGUGCGCCGGGAGUCCAUCCUGACUCUUCAGGAGGAAGACGGCUCGAUCAAGCUGCCCUCGCCGGAAAUCGAGGUGCUCUUAAGCGGAAACAAAGUUCAUAUUACCGAAAAACGAUAGCCACACGAAGAGCGUAACGUUUGACCAUCAUUUAAAAGACGUAUCCGUCCAACAUGUGUCCAGAAUGUUGACAGUGUACUCAUGUCUUUGACUUAGAACUGGCGAUAUGGGCUUGUAAGCAUAUGAAUGGUUUAAGUUGUACCUUUGAAGAUGUGCAGCAUACCUGUAUUUGUUCGAAUUUAAAAGAUUUUGAAAUAUAUUUACAAAUAUGAUAAAUAGAUACUAAUCAUUAUGAUAAUUUUCAGAAUGUGUCAACAUUGUAGCAAGAAGUUGUCAACAUUAAAAUGCUUGUGUUUAUGUUUUACAGGUUAUGUCAACAUAGUUUUGAACGAAGUUAUCUUUUUGUUUAUCGGGCCGAAGAUUAAUAAAAGAAGUUCAAGAGGCCUGAUGCCACCUGUAAAUGUGCUUUAUUCGUGAAAAUAUUAUUUUAUAUAUAUGUACUGACCUUAGCCGGGUGGAUGGUUUUUAGGUUCAGCCAUAACAUUUCAAGUCAUUUAGUUUGUCCUUUUUUGAUCGAUUUUGGGCAUUCUAGAAAUAAUAUACCGUUAAGUACAUCAUUCACCGACUAAGAAUACUGUGUUUAUCGACUAAGAAUACUGUGUUUAAAUAUUAAAAUUAAGGCGCUGAAAGCGCUGAAAGGCUGUAGUCGCCACAAGCCUGAUUUUGCUUUUUAACAAUUCUGUUCACAGGGAAUUAAAAUCUAAUAUAAAACACCGACUAAGAAUACUGUGUUUAUAGAUUAAAAUUAAGGCACUGAAAGGCUGUAGUCGCCACAAGCCUGAUUUUGCUUUUUAACAAUUCUGUUUACAAGGAAUAAAAAUCUAAUCUUAAACAUAUUUUGAGUGGCCCCGAACUUAGCCCAAUUUAUUACCUGUCAUUACCUUAGAAUAGCUAUCAUAAAUUGAUUAUAUUUAAUUAAAUUUGCUAGUUUCAUAACGGUAAAUGAUAUGUACAUGUAAAAAUAUAUGUAUUAGGAUAUAUGGAGAUUGUUUUUAUCUCGCAAGUGUAUUACUAGUGUAAAGUUAAUUAAAUGA